UUGCCCUUUCUCCCAUUCCAUCACGAACACAUGUUCGCGGGAAUUAUUCACUAGAUUGCAUUUUGAAAUAUUCCGCCCAAACAGAAAACAAACGGCCAAUCCUGGGGGCGUGCGAGUAUAUAGCGCGCAAUUUGCCGACUUUUCUAUCAACCGCGAAAUUCUUGUAUCCUCAAAAGAAUUAAUUCGAGGCUUUGGCGAACGAGCAAGAUCCCACGCACGACCCCCAUGGGAUUCUUGAGCCUCGGUAUUCACUACUGCGACGAAGCAGAGCCGUAGCAGCAGUAACUCGCCAUCUUGGAUCCGUCAAAGUGCGACGAGAUGAUUUCCGAAGGUUCCUGCAUUGCGAAAAACGUCCUUAGAUCGUGACCUGCUCUCGAGAGAGUGAGAGGCCUCUGGCUCGGAUAAGCAUCAGGAAGUCUCCUCCAGACUCUUCGUGGGCAUUCAAGCGUGCAGGACCUAUGAAACACGUCCAUUGCUUUGUCUCUCGCAGUCCAUACUCAUCAAUGAAUAAGUUUUGAAGAGUUGAUUUUGCUUUUGGUGUUGUUAGGGCGAGCCAGGAAAAUCGAGGGAAUGGCAACAGACAUGGAGGAGUCUGAUACGGAUGAGCACGAAAAGCCUGGGCCAGCCAAGAGGCAGCGGCUCGCUGCUCAAUCGGUCGUCAAUCAUAAUGAAAACAAUCAGAUAGCUCAAGAGCCUGAAAAUCAUGUGGAGGUUAUCGAUGAAGAAGAAGAAAGACGCGCUGGAGAAAAGUUGCGCUGCUGGCAGACCUGUCAAGUUGCAAUGGGUGUUAUCGAUAAUUUCAUGAACUGUGUCUUUGAAAACUGUAUGAUGACUCCUGCGUAUCAUCUGCAAUACGAUUCUGACCUUCUUCUAGAUAAUGAAAUGGAAGAUACAGCUGUAACAAUGGCCAUUUACAAUCACGGUUUGGUUCGUUCUCAAAACUUUAGUCGACCACCCUCUCUAAUCAGUGAGAGAUUGUCCAAUAUUCCUCAAACAUCAAUACACACUCAAACAUCAUCAACAACUAGAUCUUCGGAAACGCUAUUAAUAACUGAUUCAGAAUUAGCUAGUACAAGCGCUGAAGGUGACUGUUUAAAUGACACUUAUGACAGUGAUCAUCAACAAGACUUCCUAGAUCGAGCUGUUGCGGAAGCCAUCAAGAAGAAAGGAUUGAGUACAUUAAGUGUUGAUUACGGUUGA